AUGUCUGAUUCCAACCCCUCCACGAGCCAAACUAGGAUCCGACAAGCCCUAGAGCGAGCCCGGAAUUGCGAAGAUGGCCCCGUCGAUCCGCAGACGACCGCGGUUCUUGAAUCUGCCAUCAACGAGUUGUGGCGACGCAUUUUAGCCCAGCCGGAUACCUACGUUCUCACUCGCGAUGAAUUCGCUCUCUUCAAUUACUUCCUCGAGCGCUUCCGCGGUCAGCCUGUCGCUCAAAGGGCCGUAGCGCGCUUUUGGGAUAAUUACCAACGCACCACACCGGAGGCGGAUGGAUGUCGAAAAUAA